AUGCACACAAGUGCAGAGACUGUUUAUUACAUAACGUAUUACAGGGGGAAAUGAGUUGAAUUAAAAGUCUACAGCACAGGAAUCGCCAGAGACUUGGUGUGUGUUGGUUUGUACGUCGGUCAGUGCCAUAGUUUUGGUAUUUUCAAUGUCCACACCGGCUGGCAUUCAGUCAGUAGAAUCGUCAUUGAGAAGAUUGAGCCCCCUGUUGCUUUAAUAGGCAGUGCUCUUUCCACCCAAGCGUAUAGUUCUUGA